AUGGCGUUUCCCUACAUUGACACUCCACGCACUGAAGUGGACGGAAACGCGACAUAUAUCAGCCAUGGCCAGCGAAGCGCAACGCGACAUAAUCUCUCAGCAUUGGACUCGGUUGAGAAUUCCUUUGUAUCGCCAACUAAGGAUAAUGAUAUAUUAAAAGAAACAUCUGGCUCGCGAAAUCGACAGCGCAGAGUUUCACUUCGAACCCCCCGAGCGAGCCAAGGUCUUAAAUCAGCAAGAUAUGAUAAACGCACUCUACCCAAUUCUGCAUUGCCCAAGGGGGAGUUUACUCCUCUUAUGAACAGUGUGACGAAAAACAAUUUUUUGCGAACUGGAGGGGAGCGCGUUCGAGGUGUGCCGGCCACGCCCGCUCUGUCCAAAAUAGACGAAAGCAAUAUAUACGAAGGGGGCUCCAUUAAUAGUUCCGCCUACGAUGCGACCCCCGUACCUCAAGGCGCACCAAGUAGUGGCCAAAGCACCCCAUUGCCCGCACUUCCUCAGAGGGAUGGCACCGGAGGGGUUAUUCGUGACGGACAAAAUAUGACUCUGAGGGAGCAAGAAAACAUCAUUAACAAGUUCGAUAAAGAGAAUUUUGGCCUCAAGUUAAAAAUACACUAUUUGGAAGAACAGCUAAAGAAGGCGGGCCCUGAGCUGAACCAGGCCGCCCUCAAGGAGAAUACAGAACUGAAAGUGUCAAAGGUGACAGUGCAAAGGGACCUACAUAGAUGCAAAAAGAGCCUGCUACACGCAGAACGUGACUUGGAAUCCUGUCAGCUUCAACUUCAAGAGCUUCGUGCAAAACUGGCCUCGAAACAAUCCGAUAGCACAACCCAGGAAACAAUAAAAUGGAUGCGUGAAGAUAUGGAAUCCAAAGAAGCAGACAUAGCAGAGCUACAGGAGCAAUUAAAGUCGGCAGAAUCCAAACAAGCGGAAGAGGUUGCAAACUUAAGGGAAGAAAUAAACGAGUUGGAAUAUACUAUUCGUGAAAAGGACAGACGCAUCGAGGAAAAGGAGGAAGAAAUUGAAAAUUUGCAAUCUAAACACGCGGAUGAGAAUGUUAAUAUGGCUGACUUGGAGACGGAACUUGAAGAUGCUAGAGGGAAGAUUGAAGAUCUUCAAGAUAGUCUCGAGCGAGCAAGAGCUGAGACAGAAGAAGCCGAGACCGCCUGUGAGCAAGCUCUCCAGGAAAAGGAGCAGGCCGUUGAAGACUUGAGAGAGUUACAGGACGAAAUGGCCAAUAAGUCUAUCUCUGCUUCAGGGCUAACCCGUCAAUUAGAGGAAAAGGCAAAUAAACUGGAGGGAGAGCUUACCGCUGUCCGACAACAAUAUGCCGGUCUUCAAGAAAAGCUAGAGGAUAAGGUGCAAUUUGAGCGCCGCCUACAAGAGCAGAUCAAGGACCUUGCACGGGAUCAAUCAUCAACAGAACGUGAACUUCUUUUCCUUCAAAAAGAGCAUGCCGGUUGCCAAGGGGAUCUUGAAGACAAGAUGCGCACUGAACAUAGAUUACAAGAACGAAUCGAAGACCUUAAGCAGGAACUAUCAUCUACCAAAUCUGACCUACAACAUGAGCUUGAACAGGCACACCACGAGAAAUCGGUUGCCAUCCGUGACCAAAAGUCCGCUUUGUCUCGCCUUAAUGCUCUUGAAGAUGAGCUGCGACAGAAAGGAGAUACCAAGAGCCUACUGCAAAACCGUCAUGAUGCUUUAACAAACGAAACACAAGCUCUACAAAAUGACCUUGAUCGUGCAAAGAAGGCAAUUGCAGACCUGGAAGAUGAGGCGGCUGCCGAACGACAAGAAUCCCUGAACACGAUUGAGGAAAUGCGACAGCGUCAUAAAGAUGAGCUUGAUCGACUGAACACACAGAUAACUCAGCUUCGCCACAAAUGGGAAAAUAUAAAGCGAUCACUAGAACUUGAGCGGGAUCGGGCAGUGCAGCAGGCCGAGGCGUAUAAACGAACAAUUGACAGCCUUCAACAGAUGGAAACGACAAAGUCUGGACGAGAGAAAAGAUUGCAGGAUAUAAUUGAUAGCGAGAAACAACGCCGCCUGCAACAGGAAGAACUACUCACGCGCCAGAUAAAAGAGCUAAACGACGAUAUCUCAUCUAGAAGGGAGGCGUCUGAAACUCAAAGAUCUGAGAUGCUCUCCCUGAAGGAACAACUUAGGGUCAGCCGGCGAGAAGAACAAAAUCUCAAAGAUAAGGUGCAGGGCUUGGAAGACGAAAUUGUGGUCUUGCAGGCUAGCCUUGAGGAAGAGCAACAAUACGCUUUGGCCCAGCGAAAGGCCGGCACCUUGGAGUCCGGCAAUCAUUUACAGGGCAUAGCACAAGAAAAACAGGCCCUUAGAGAACAACUAGCCACUGCAAACACUGAGCUGAACGAGCUCCGGAUUACCCUUGCUGAGGUAGAAGCAGAGCGAGACAGCCUCCAAGACCAACUUGCUCAAUACGAUAUCAAUGUUGACGAUACGUAUCGAGUAGAUCAGGAAAAGCUUGAGCUGAAAAAGGCCAAGCUACGUCUAGAGCGAGACGUCAUUCGCCUAAAUGCCGAAAAGAGCUCUUUACAGGAAGCUAAAGACGUUCUUCAGAAUGAUAUCGAUAAUGAGCUUACCCGCGCUGCCGCAGAGGAAGAUCGUCUAGCGGCAGAAAUCAAUCGACUACAAGACAAGCUAUUCAUGGCUAAUGAUAAGAAAGAUCGUGAACUUCUAUCAUCCAGAAGCAAGAUAACUCGUCUUGAAGCUCGCCUUAAAGAGCUAGAAACUCAUCUUCACAACCCUGCUCCAUCGGAGACUAUAUCUCCUCCAGACAAUGCCGAUUCUUCCAUACUCCGUCAGUGUCUAGCUGAAACGCGCGAGCGAGAGAGGAUUAUCCUUCAACGAGAAUCAGACUUGAAAUCAUCCAUUCGGCAUCUCAAGUCCCGAAUCACUGAUUUGGAGAAGGAGAACCAUGAUCUCCAGAUUGCAAAAUACGGUGAUAGUUCUCCAAACACCUCUCCGUCCUCACGGCUUCAAGAAGAAUUACGAAAUCUCCGUGCACAAAAUCUAGACACCCAUAAGGCCCUGAAGGAACUAAAGGCCAAAUACCGCGAACUGGAACAGCAAAGUUACGCUGCCAAAGAUGAGAGCCAAAACUUUAGUGAGGUUGUCGACCUGUCUACGUUUGAGGCAGAAUCUAUUGCAGCUAAGUUAGCAAAACGCGAAGCCCGAAUCCGUGAGCUGGAGGUUGACCUUUAUCGAAUCCGAGGGGAGCGGUCCACCGCCCUCAAGAACCUCAAUGCUGCAGAUCGAAGGAUCCGGUUACUUCAAGACCGCCAUCCUAAAGCCAUCCAUGACCUGUCGAGGCAACUAGAGAAACAAAAAACUCGGCACGAUAAGGAGAUCGAGGUCUUGCGUAUGGAACUUCUUUGGAAUCAAGCACGCUUGAUCCGAACAGAGCAGUUCCGAAGGGAUCUUGCCUGGUACAAAGAGAUCUCACAGUUCAGAGAACAAGAACGAAUCAGAACUACAUGUGCUCAGAUAGAGCGACAGAUGAUGGCUAAUAUGGGCAUAGUGGUGUCUGAAGCAGCAGAGCAGCUCAGCCCUGUACAAAAAUUUAAAGCCGCCAUUUCAGUCGCAUUAUUCAUUGCUCGGGCAAAAAGGGUGACGGUUGAAUGGAAGAAGAACUCGCAAAUAGGAGAUCUAGUCAAAAGAGCAAAGAAAGACCAGGUUAAGAAGCUUGGGAGAGUGGGGCAGAAAUGA